AGCAAGGAGAGGCGAAGAUGACGGGAGCGUCUUCCUGGUGAAGCGGCCGAUAUCCGAGGGCGCUGCGGUCACCGGCGGGCUACUUUACUGUUGUACCAGCAAACCUCCCGGCCGACAUGUCGACGUCUGCGAUAUUCAUCCUGGACCUUAAAGGGAAGGUGCUGAUCUCUCGCAACUACAUGGGGAACAUCGACAUGAACGAGAUCGACCACUUCAUGCCCAUACUAAUGAAGAGUGAAGAGGACGCCGAAAUCACACCGCUGGUCACCCAUGGCUCUUCCCACUUCCUGUGGAUCAGGCACAGCAACCUUUACUUGGUGGCAAUGACCAAGAAGAAUACCAAUGCUGCUUUGGUGUAUUCCUUCCUCUAUAAAAUAGUACAGGUGUUUAAGGAGUAUUUCAAGGAGUUCGAGGAGGAGAGUAUCCGGGACAAUUUUGUGACCGUGUACGAGCUGAUGGAUGAGGUGAUGGACUUUGGUUUUCCUCAGACCACGGACAGCAAGAUCCUACAAGAAUACAUCACCCAGCAGGGCCACAAACUAGAGGUCGGGGCUCCUCGGCCCCCUGCCACUGUAACUAAUGCUGUGUCUUGGCGGUCAGAGGGCAUCAAGUACAGGAAGAAUGAAGUCUUCAUGGACGUCAUUGAGUCAGUCAACCUGCUGGUGAGUGCCAGUGGCAGCGUGCUGCGCAGUGAGAUCCUGGGCAGCAUCAAACUGAAAGUGGUCCUGUCAGGGAUGCCUGAACUCAGACUGGGUCUCAACGACAAAGUACUGUUUGAGAUCACAGGCAGAGAGAAGAGUAAGACGGUGGAGCUGGAGGAUGUGAAGUUCCAUCAGUGUGUCCGUCUGUCUCGCUUCGAGAAUGACCGCACCAUCUCCUUCAUCCCUCCUGACGGGGAGAGCGAACUGAUGUCCUACCGCCUCAACACUACGGUGAAGCCUCUCAUAUGGAUCGAGAGUGUGAUUGAGAAGUUCUCUCACAGCCGUGUGGAGAUUAAGGUCAAGGCACGGAGUCAGUUUAAGAGCCGCUCCACCGCCAACAAUGUGUCCAUCCUUGUGCCGGUGCCCAGCGAUGCCGACUCGCCCAAGUUCAAGACGAGCACCGGCAGUGCCAAGUGGGUGCCAGAGAAGAACAUCGUGCAGUGGAACAUCAAGUCCUUCCCUGGUGGCAAGGAGUACAUGAUGCGGGCUCAUUUUGGGCUUCCCAGUGUGGAGAGUGAUGAGCUUGAGGGGAAGAGACCAAUCACGGUCAGCUUCGAGAUCCCCUAUUUCACGGUGUCCGGGAUUCAGGUGCGAUACCUGAAGAUCAUUGAGAAGAGUGGUUACCAGGCGUUACCAUGGGUACGCUACAUCACACAGAGUGGAGAUUACCAGCUCCGGACAAACUAAAGGGCACACACGCUGGCAGGCGAAUGGAUAUUUCCUCUCCCUCUCCCUCUCUCCCUCUCCCUCUCCCUCUCUCUCUCUCUCUCUCUCUCUCUCUCUCUAUGGCAAAGGACAGCUGGAAGGGGAAACACGAGACUUUCCCACAAUUAAACCAGAAGAAGACAGAAAGCUGCUUUCGGCCAUUUCCUCCGCCGCGAGACGGGGUCAGCCUGAGCUGACCUCCGCGAAGAAAAGGCUGUUGCUGUCACUUCUGAGCGGAAAAACACACUUCAUGAAAUAGAGUAAUGAACUGAUGACCUCACGACACCAUCUGUACUCCGCACACUCACAGGGAGCUUCUCAACUUGGAAGCUCCCUGUGUUGACGUGAUGCCCCAUGAGGGUAAUUCACUGGGGGAGUUGGGAGCGAUUACGUUGGAAGGUCUUGUUUCCUUAGAAGGGGGACUGUGUAACACACUCCCUGAUAAGCGUGACUAACCACCAUGUUCGCACAAAGAGACGUGUGGCGAUCUGCUGUGUAGCAUGUAACCUGAUAGACCGUACGCGUGGGUGGGACGGACCACGUCCCCGCCGGGACUGUUGCUCGGAGGCCCGUUGCUCUGCAGAGGGGUGAUAAAUUCCAGGCAAUAUAGGUUUUUACCCCCGGAGAGGAAAAGUAGGUGGUCUCUCCAAGUCCAAUUCGUUUUGUUAGAUGUCUUAUUCUUUGCUGCGGAGACGGUUCUGAGAUUUAUGCCUCAAGACAGCAGAUGUCGUUCCAGAGGUCGAGGUCUUAACAACUUUGGCGGGUCCGGCCACUUUUUUGGCUGUCUGUUAUCUGCUACUAACAAAAAUUGCACCACUCGUGAAAAACUACAAGCAGUCCAAGUGCAGGAACAUCUGUGAGUUAUGGAUAUAAAAGGUCUUUAUUGGGCGUACGGGAAGCGUAGCGGUCUAUUCCGUUGCCUACCAUGACGGGGAUCGUCGGUUCGAAUCCCCGUGUUACCUCCAGCUUAGUCGGGCGUCCCUACAGGCACAAUUGGCCGUGUCUGUGGGUGGGAAGCCGGAGGUGGGUGUGUGUCCUGGUCGCUGCACUAGCGCCUCCUCUGGUGGGUCAGGGCGCCUGUGAGAGGGGGGACUGGGGGGAAUAGCGUGAUCCUUCCACGCGCUAUGUCCCGCUGGCGAAACUCCUCGCUGUCAGGUGAAAAGAAGUGGCUGGCGACUCCACAUGUAUGGGAGGAGGCAUGUGGUAGUCUGCAGCCCUCCCCCGGAUCGGCAGAGGGGGUGGAGCAGCGACCGGGACGGCUCGGAAGAGUGGGGUGAUUGGCCAAGUACAAUUUGGGAGAAAAAGGGGGGAAAAAAUCCACACAAAAAAAGAUCUUUAUUGAACUGGGCAAAAAAAAAAGACAUUGUGUUUCACUAUUUUUGCCUUUCCAGGGUGUUAAAUGGACAAACAGAAUGAAGGCAACAAUACUGGAGAGCAGCAGUUUUUUGGGGUUUUUGUUUUUGUCCAGUUUAAUGUCAUGUUCCCAACCCAUGAUCACCUGUGGAGAUUGUUCGAUCCCCUUACACGAUCAGUUCACGUUUUUCUUCUCCAUUCAUUUGUUUCUGAGAAACCACGGUGUCCUCCCAUAUAAACACUGCCCCGGAAGCUGACACCCGGCACUGUUGAAAGCAAUAGUCCUCACUUCCGUCGCCUUAAAAGGUCGCUUAGGCAUCACUGCCUCCGGUGCGAGCAGUACCCCGUGCACUGGAAGCGGCACCAGUGCACUCAGAUCAAUGAUUAAUAAGGCAGGAGACUGUGGCCGCUCUCGGCCUCGUAACAUAACACUGUUCACCCGCUCCCCUGGACUCUGCAGCCCGGUCCUGAACUCUGCAGCCUGGUCCUUAACUCUGCAGCCCGGUCCUUAACUCUGCAGCCUGGCCCUUAACUCUGCAGCCCGGUCCUGGACUCUGCAGCCUGGUCCUUAACUCUGCAGCCUGGUCCUUAACUCUGCAGCCCGGCACUUAACUCUGCAGCCCGGUCCUGGACUCUGCAGCCUGGUCCUUAGGACCGGGCUGCACAAUCAACCUGCAGCUGUGUAGGAGAGACUGAGGGACAAGGAGCGGUCAGAAAGCUGUGUCCUAUUCUUAAAACUGUUUUUUUUAGCUUGUUUGUCCCUUGUGGAGAAAGUCAUGAAAGACAAGGAGUGGAGGAAAAUAAUAACUCUCCCCCCUCCCCCCCUUUUGACUAAGCAUAUUGACAGUAUGUGGAAGCGGUUGUUUUUCUCCAGGGUUUUAUUUUCCUCUCGACCCCCGGCGGCCCCCCGUACUUCUAUGAUGCGGUGCCUGGUCCAGUGCUUCACACGCUCCACAUAGGAGUCCUGCAGCAGCAACCAGACCUGCUCAGACAGCUCAAAGCCACUUCAUCUCCCUGCUGUAACGACACAACCCCAUGUGGUGUUCAUCUGAUUGGUUAUAUUGUGCUGAUGACAUAGUUCCUGAAUCGACCAGGACCUUUUUAAAUGGACUAAACAGCGUGUGCAUGUGUUUUUCACGUGUUUUCAUAAUUUAUCUAAUACUGUGUGUCAGUGGGAACCAAUGGGUUAUAUUUGGUAAUAAAGAAUUUUGUAU